CAGGAACAAAGGCACUCAGUCGCCUCAACGUGCAGUCGGAGGUAGCGCGCGUGUUGAGCCGCUCUGCCCCCCUACAAGGACAGCCUUUUGGUUUCGUCCAAACUUAUCGCACAUUCGCUGUCGCUUUUCAAUUGCAAUUCAUUUUACUCGCCGGGUAUCUUUUUUUUUUGGUACUUUUACAGGUGUAUCUUGUGUUAAUGGCCCACCCGGGGAAGCCGUCGUAGUGAAUACGUUGGCUUUUUGUAAACGGUCUAAUGCUCGGAAUUACUAUGAUCAUGGAUGUUCUGGGUUUUUUAUGGAUAAUUCCAGCGGUACUGGCUGUGGAAGAAGUACUGAUGGACUCAACCACCGCCACUGCAGAGCUGGGCUGGACCAUCCACCCGGCGGCAGGGUGGGAGGAGGUGAGCGGCUACGACGAGCACAUGACCACCAUCCGCACCUACCAGGUGUGCAACGUGUUCGACGGCAGCCAGAACAACUGGGUGCGCACCCGGCACAUCCGGCGGCGCGGCGCCCAGCGCGUCCACGUCCAGAUGAAGUUCUCGGUGCGCGACUGCGGCUCCAUCCCCGACGUGCCGGGCUCCUGCAAGGAGACCUUCAACCUGUACUUCUACGAGUCGGACGCCGACGCCGCCACACGCACCUCCCCGCCCUGGAUGGAGAACCCCUGGACCAAGGUGGACACCAUCGCGGCCGACGAGAGCUUCUCCCAGGUGGACCUGGGCGGGCGCGUCAUGAAGAUCAACAGCGAGGUGCGCAGCUUCGGGCCCGUGUCGCGCCGGGGCUUCUACCUGGCCUUCCAGGACUACGGCGCCUGCAUGUCGCUCGUCGCCGUGCGCGUCUUCUACAGGAAGUGCCCCGCCGUGGUGCUGAACGGCGCCGCCUUCCCCGAGACGCUGUCGGGCGCGGAGAGCACGUCGCUGGUGGUGGCGCGGGGCGUGUGCGUGCCCAACGGGGAGGAGGUGGACGUGCCCAUCCGGCUGUACUGCAACGGGGACGGGGAGUGGAUGGUGCCCAUCGGAGGGUGCACCUGCAAGGCCGGCUUCGAGGGCGUGGAGAACGGCACGGCGUGCAGAGCAUGCAUUUCGGGCUUCUUCAAGGCCACCCAGGGGGACCACGAGUGCCUGCCGUGUCCGAUCAACAGCCGGACCACCAACGAGGGCGCCACCAACUGCGUGUGCCGCAACGGGUUCUACCGCACCGACUCGGACCCCGCGCAGAUGCCCUGCACCACGAUCCCCUCGGCCCCCCGCGGAGUCAUCUCCAUCGUGAACGAGACGUCCCUGCGUCUGCGCUGGACGGCCCCCCAGGAGGGCGGGGGCCGCGACGACGUGGUCUACAACGUCAUCUGCAAGAGCUGCGGGGGCGGCGGGCGGGGGGGCUGCACGCGCUGCGGGGACAACGUGCGCUUCGAGCCGCGGCAGCUGGGCCUGACGGAGGCCGGCGUGCGCAUCAGCGACCUGCUGGCCCACACGCGCUACACCUUCGAGGUGCAGGCGGUGAACGGCGUGUCGGACCUCAGCCCCUACUCGCCGCAGUACGCCGCCGUCAACAUCACCACCAACCAGGCCGUCCCCUCGGCCGUCUCCAUCAUGCACCAGGUGAGCCGGGCCCCCGAGAGCAUCACCCUGUCCUGGUCCCAGCCCGACCAGCCCAACGGACUCAUCCUGGACUACGAGCUGCAGUACUAUGAGAAGAGCCAGGCGGGGUUCAACUCCUCGCUGUUCCGCAGUCAGACCAACACGGCGGACAUCCGGGGCCUGAAGCCCGGGACCAUCUACGUGUUCCAGGUCCGAGCCCGCACGGUGGCCGGGUUCGGACGCUACAGCGGGAAGAUGUACUUCCAGACCAUGACCGAAGAGGAGUACAAUUCCAGCAUCCAAGAGAAGCUGCCUCUCAUCAUCGGCUCCGCCUCCGGGGGCGUGGUCUUCAUCAUCGCCAUCGCAGUCUUCAUCAUCAUCUGCCGCAGCAGGAGGACCACAGACAGACCAGAGAACACGGAGUACACCGAGAAGCUGCAGUACACCAGCGGACACUUGUCUCCCGGCGUGAAGAUCUACAUCGACCCCUUCACCUACGAGGACCCCAACGAGGCCAUCCGGGAGUUCGCCAAGGAGAUCGAGUUCCCCUGCGUGAAGAUCGAGCAGGUCAUCGGGGCAGGAGAGUUCGGGGAGGUGUGCAGUGGUAACCUUCGUCUUCCGGGUAAGAGGGAGAUCCUGGUCGCCAUCAAGACGCUGAAGGCGGGCUACACGGAGCGCCAGAGGCGGGACUUCCUGUCCGAGGCGUCCAUCAUGGGCCAGUUCGACCACCCCAACAUCAUCCGGCUGGAGGGCGUGGUCACCAAGAGCAACCCCGUCAUGAUCCUCACCGAGUUCAUGGAGAACGGAUCGCUGGACUCCUUCCUGAGGCAAAACGACGGGCAGUUCACGGUGAUCCAGCUGGUGGGCAUGCUGCGAGGCAUCGCGGCGGGGAUGAAGUACCUGUGUGACAUGAACUACGUCCACCGCGACCUGGCCGCCCGCAACAUCCUGGUCAACAGCAACCUGGUCAGCAAGGUGUCGGACUUCGGCCUGUCGCGCUUCCUGGAGGACGACGCGUCCGACCCCACCUACACCAGCGCCCUGGGGGGGAAGAUCCCGAUCCGAUGGACGGCCCCCGAGGCGAUCCAGUACCGGAAGUUCACGUCGUCCAGCGACGCGUGGAGCUACGGCAUCGUCAUGUGGGAGGUGAUGUCGUACGGCGAGAGGCCGUACUGGGACAUGAGCAACCAGGACGUGAUCAACGCCAUCGAGCAGGACUACCGCCUGCCCCCCCCUAUGGACUGCCCCAGCGCCCUGCACCAGCUGAUGCUGGACUGCUGGCAGAAGGACCGCAACAACCGGCCCAAGUUCAGCCAGACCGUCAGCACCCUGGACAAGAUGAUCCGCAACCCCGCCAGCCUCAAGGCCAUGACCCCCCUCUCGUCAAGUGUUCACCUGGCGCUGCUGGACCGCAGCCCUCCCGACUUCUCCUCCUUCACCACGGUGGACGAGUGGCUCGAUGCCAUCAAGAUGAGCCAGUACAAGGAGUACUUCACCAACGAGGGCUUCAACAGCUUCAGCGUGGUGUCCCAGAUGACCAUGGAUGACAUCCUCAGAGUGGGGGUGACGCUAGCCGGCCACCAGAAGAAGAUCUUCAACAGUGUCCAGUCCAUGAGGGCCCAGAUGAACCAGAUCACCUCUGUGGAGGUCUGACCUCCUCCUCCCUGGAGGUCUGACCCCCUCCCCUGGAGGUCUGACCGCCGCGGCCCCCCAAGCCCAGCCGGACCCCCUGUCCUCGGAGGAACCACGCCGGUCGCUCUGAUGCCAGACCUCCGAAAACACAUACAUAUAUAACACAAACACACAUUUACACACAUACACAUAUACACGCACACAUAAACACACAUACACGAAUAAGCAUGCACAUGCAUAAACACACAUACACAUAUACACAUGCAUAUGGGCAAGGCACGCACACACACACACACACACACACACACACACACACACACACACACACACACACACACACACACACACACACACACACACACACACACUCUCUUCCCAGAAAAACCUAGAAACCACCAAAGUUUGGAUUCUUCUUUAACUCUUUUCCCAACUCUUCCAACUCUUUGUUUUCAGCUUCCAACGACCUAUCUUCCAGUAUUUAGUUUUUAUACAUGACGGUCUGGGCCUCAACCAAAGCUCAUCGCUCACUACCCAUAGUUGUUUGUUUUUUAUUAAUUUAUUAACAAAAGUUACUUCACGUUUUCCUUGUUCUACACUAAAAGGGAAUAAAAGCCAAUCAUGGCGUUGGUGUUACGUGUGUUGGUGGUGGAAAACAGUUGGACGGUUAUCUGGAAUCAUUUAGUCUACUGAUCGGUGAAAUGUGGUAUUAUCUGCUCAGAGUUACAGCUCUACUGUACCGUUUGAGCCCCCGGAUCCUAUUUUGUAAUUAUGUUGAUAUGUAGAAGCGAUUCCCUCUUCUGAUAGACGGGGUCUUAGCAGAGUGUGUUCUAUCGCUUAGUUUUUACCUUGACAAAUGUGAAGAAUGAAAUCAUAACAGUGGGCAUUUUUUUCUGUAAAUGUCAGGGUGUAAAAUGUGUGCCAAAGUCAUAUUUGAGGGAAAAGCUGAAUGAUAUUUUUCCAAUCCACUGCCAAGUCUCUGUUUCACUCCACCUUAAGAGCCACCUUAAAUAUGCAGCAUCGUGUCCUCCUUUAUUGCCCAUUAUAGCUAUUCAUGGCUGAUUUGAGGGGUUCAAAGCGGCCCGUUCAUGCCCCUCACUGUCCUGCUUCCCCUUAACGUUGCUCCGAGACGUGAUUGCCUUUAUCGAGGAAGGACAGAGAGCCACUGAUGUCUUAGCUGGUGAAAGAAGGAACGGAAGGAUUUGGUGUAAAAUGCAUGAAAUCGUCGGGUGAGUAGGAACCCAACUGUGAACCCAUUCUGACGAGGUCUUUGUGUUCUCAAAUUCACACUUUCUAUAUUUUUAACUGACUGACCACACCGUCACUCGUAAGAGAAAACGUUUUCUACUUCUAGUUUACCUUUAGAUACACUCCCACCACCUUAUAAAGAAAAACUAACACUGUAAGGGUGGAUGUCAUUCGACAAAUAUUAUGUUGUUCUGGUCUGGUGUUCCCAAUGCACUGAAGUUAUAAAAAUGACACUGGGUUAUGCUUUCAACCACAGCAAUCAGACGUGUUGAUGAUAAAAUAAAAUAAACAUGUGAAAUUACUAAGAAGAUUUGACAAAAAAUAGGAUUGCACCACUCAACAUAUCCAACACCUUCAAUCGUUUGUUGUUCGUACCACCAACUAACCAAUAGUCUAACAAGGUAGGAGUCAGACACCUUUUUAUUCUGAUUUGUUGAAUCAGAAAUAAUUGGUUAUUUGUGACACUCUUCUGUAUAUUUUGUUAAAUAGGAUUAUACAAAGCCCUGGUUUUUACAGUGUGGCUUUUACUUUUGGAACACUUCUUCCAGUCCAUUUUUAUCGAGUCGUCUCUUUCUCAUGGAACAUGUCUUGUGUGUGAAGCCAGCGGACAUUUUUAAUUGCACAAAUGAACAAAACCCGUAAUGUCCCCAAAUUAGCCCCACAACCGAUUCAGAAGGUCCUUGCUGAAACACUGCACUUUAAUAAGAAAUCCAAUUUGUUUUUGAUUUGUUUUGUUUUCUGUGUGACUUUUAAUACUAUCUGUGGUUUGUUGUACUACUGUAUGUAUAUUUGACAAUACAAAGGGACUGUAGGAUGUGUGUGUAGUAUACACUGUACAUAGAUGAAGGGAUUAGCUGUACAAAAUGUCUGACUUUGGCAUGGGGCUUUCAUGUUGUACUAAUAGCACAAUUCAUGUGCGAGCCUAGCCAGAGUCAACCCCCAUCCAUGAUACUGUACGCCAAAUGGUGCGUUUUAAACCCUGAAAGGGUACUAACAUCUUCUUCCGUUUUUUAUUAUCAUUAAAUACGUUAUCAUAUCAUAAUGUCAAUGUAAUGCAAUUUUGCAAUUACAAUGUAUUCAUGAUUUAGCCAUUGAGGCCCACCUUUCAUGUCUAUAAGCCCUUAUUUGAAUAUGACCAAUGACGUCGAAAUGCCCCAAUCAAAACCUUAAAGAUAAUUUCAUAUCCAAUCUAUUUUUCCUCCCCCAAUUGGAUUGUACUGAAUGUAAAAGACACCGAGAGAUAAAAUAGUAGUCGCUGGUAACAGUGGAUAUCAUUUAUGAAUUCUUGAAUUGUAAGAGCCAUGAUCAGGGGUCCAGAUGUGUAGUAAUAUGUGAAAGUGCAAGAAACUUCCCCAGUUUCAGAAAUUGUAUUUUAUCCCUCUAUACUUUCUUAAAAUUAACUGCUACAUCAUCAUUAUGAUCACCCACUAAUGUAUUCCGACCAGAAAAGUGGGGCUACUCGAAUACUAUUUUUAAUCCCAUUCUCCCAACAUCAAAUAAGAUUAUGUCAAUUUGUCCCUAAAUAAAAUGUCAUACGUAGAAGUAAACAUGCCAGUCAUAUUUACGUACGCGUCAGUCUCCCCUAACGCCUCUAUUCUCUUGGGGUGAAAUGUCCUUAUGGCUGGAUGACACAUGGAAUAUUUACACCCAGAUCACUCUCUCACGCUACGUGACGCUAUAACGUAGCGCCCCUCCGGCCCCCACUCCCAGGAGCAGUACACUGUGUUCGUUCCAUUGUACAUACAGAACCCCACAGUAUGGUCUUUUAUAACUUAUUGAUGUGUAAACAAAGGUCAAUCGAUGUAUGCUAUCACUCUCGUACACACACAGACGCACACACACACACACACACACACACACACAUUCACACACAGACACACGCAGACACAUACGCACAUACUCAUAUACACACGCACACACACACACAGAUACACAUUCAUACAGAUACGCAUACGCACAAACAGACACACACACACACACAGACACACACACACACACACACACACACACACACACACACACACACACACACACACACACACACACACACACACACACACACACACACACACACACACACACACACACACAAAUUCAUACCCACUCUCACACACACAGACACACACCCCUGUCUGAUGUCAGUCUAUCUGCACUCCUUUCCCAACACCCUUAGUCUUGUACCCUGGUGGGGCUAUGGUGGAUUACGUCCUGUAUGCUAUAUCUCCCCCUCGAUAAUACAGACAUUUGGACCAUUCCAAUCCUAGAACACGUGGAUUAUAAACGGGACGGGUCGAUUUGGUAGGCGCUAAAGUGUCACGCACACAUCAAAAACUAAAAAUAAGUAAAAAAUGAAAACACUCAUCUUCUUUUUUCUCAAUCCUUACCACUGUGAUCUUAUACGAUAUUGUAUGUUUGAGGAUUUUUUUUAAUGUGUAUAGAACGCCAUGUAUAUUUGACUGUAUCCCUUUGAAUUAUAAUUAUUUGUAAUACUUGUAUUUGUCUAUUUUUAAAAAGAAAACAAGAAAUGACAAGAGAAAACACACAAAAAAAACAUUUUGUAGCAAUUGUCUUCAAUAAAAAAGUAAUGAUGGCAUUUAA